AUGGCAUCAUCCCGGGCGGCACCCGCUGGCGACGCAGAGGCGGCGCCGCUGCUUGCGGCCACCGGUGACGGCGCGCAGCAUGCGGCACCCACGACGACGACGACGACGACCGUCAUCGGCAAGGCCCUUAACAGCACCGCCGACCUCGCGAAGCACCUUCCCACGGGCGCCGUGCUCGCCUUCGCGGUGCUGUCGCCGUCCUUCACCGCGGACGGCACCUGCAACGCCGCGAACCGCGCGCUGACGGGCUGCCUCAUCGGCGCCUGCGCACUCUGCUGCUUCGUCCUCUGCUUCACCGACAGCUACCGCGACGCCGCCACGGGCGCGCUGCGGUACGGCUUCGUCACGCCCAGCGGCCGCCUGAUCCCCAUCGACGGAGGCAGCUCCGGCUCUGGGUCGCCGCCGCCGCGGGACGACAGGUACAGGCUCACCGUGCGCGACGUCAUGCACGGGCUGCUGUCGUUCGCGGUGUUCCUGGCCGUGGCCAUGGUGGACCGCAACGUGGUGGCGUGCUUCUACCCCGUCGAGUCCGCGUCCACCAGGCAGCUGCUGGCCGCCGUGCCCGUGGCGGCCGGCGCCGCGGGGAGCUUCCUCUUCGCCAUGUUCCCGUCCACGCGGCGCGGGAUCGGCUUCCCCGUGGCGGCGUCCUCAUCCUGA